AAGAGUAGAGUGACGUACUAUCAUGUUUGUAGGUUAGAUUAUCGUUGUAGUGAAAAGUGAAGUGAAAUAGUGUCAUUAGCAACAGUAUAGUAUUCAUUAUGACAUGGUAUAUUUGAUGUUGAGUUAGUGAUUGUACAAACGGUACCUCAAUUUCUGGGUUAUUUAGUCCUGCGUCCUUCUAAUCAAAGUAUAUAACCAUAUUACCGAUUGAAUGAGUCGAUAUUUUACGUUAUGUAGGUUAUGUUCGAAGGACCUACGGUUGGUUUAGUUUUUUGUUCUGAUGAAACUCUAGUGUAAUUUGCCUUGCACGCACGGUUUCUUUCGUUACGUUAGAUACAUUUUUCAUUAUAGUGUCAUAUUUUGUGGUCGGUGAUAAGUGAGAUUUGGUUUUUCAGAUAUUCAAAGUGUCAUUAUCAGUGUUCUAUCCUUGAUCCUUCGGAAUUUCACUAUGAACAGAACACAGAAUAAAAAGGUUGGGGAUACUGUUAUGAAUAAAACUCUUCGAUGUUUUUUUAGAGGUUGUAGGACAGAUAGUAAAUAUGCUUCGAAUUGUUUUGUUAGUUUUCUGAGCCCGUGUUUCAGAGUUAAGAAUAAGUUAGUAAAUCCCACAAAGCGUCACAUUGACGUUUGUCCAGGAUGUCAAAAAUGCCAUAGGUGGGUAACUCAGUGCGGUCUUGUUUCUAUAACCGAUGUGAACAAAUAUACAUACGUUUGCGGAUUACAUUUCGUUGACAGACAGCCUUCGGAAUCGUUUCCAGAUCCAUUGCCAGCAGAAGAAGUACUAAAAAUACGGAUACCAAAAGCACGAAACAAACGUCUUUCAACGUCAUCAAUAGUUUCUCUGUGCAGUCCGCUUCAAAAAUUAAAAAAAGGGAAAGAUGUUAACCCAGAGUCUUCAAAAUCAAUCCAUCUAAAUGAUACUCAAGAUGUUCCAUUAGGUAGCAUUCCAAAGAAGGUACUGAAAAAUAGUACUGUACCGUGUCUUGAAGACUCUGAUGGCGAACGUCAUACCUUGCAUGUAGAUGAAAAGAAAGAAAACGAAGGAGAGAAAAUGGAAGUUACUGUUGAAGGAAUUCUGAAAAAAGUUCCUACCACCUCAGAUAUCCACAAUUACAAACUUAAUGACAAUGAAAGGCUCAGAUUGGAGAAAUCAAAAUUGUGUACUGAAAACAAAACUUUUGACAAAAAAAUGAGGGCAUUGGGAAAACAUGUAACAUACUAUAGAAGUAAAUUGCUGAAAGAAAAAAAGCAGAGAUCCAGAAGGAACAGUGGAAAAAAUGUAAGACUGCAAAAAUCCUUGGUAAAGAUGACAGUUCAAGAAAAACAUGAGGAGAUUGUUGAUUGUUCUAAUUCUACAAGUAUAUCAGGUACAACACAAUAUGAAGACAGAGAUACAGAUAUAUCAAUGCCAAAAAAGAAACUUCGAAAUGCUCCAAAGAUAGAUUUGAAUUCUGACGAUUUUGAUCCUCUUGAUCUGAAUAAUCUUUUACUCUCAACAACAACUAUUUUCCAAGGAAUGUGCAAUGAGUUGAAAAAUUCUAUGGUACUGAAUAAUCCUGAUAAUUUGGGUUUGGACAACGAACAGAUCACACUCACCACAUCAGCUGGCGACAAAGAGCAAUCUGUACAAAUUGUGAUUGUCAAUAACAAGCCAGGAAGUACCAAGCCUUCGUUUAACAAUACUAAAGAUAAUUUAGAGCAAAUGCUUGAGGAUAUCGAGAAAACCAUAGCAUCUGCAGAAAAAGACUAUCAAGAAAAUGUAAAUAUCAGAACAAUAUCUACCCAGACUGAUAACCGAAGUCUUGAAAUUGAAAACAAAAAACUGAAAUUGGAAAUUGCAACACUCAAAAGUCGGAUAAUAUCUCUGCAGAAUCAGUUGAAGCAACAAGAUGUUCCUCAAUUGUUAUUUGUUUGUAAUGAUGAAUGAAGGUAGAUAAUGGCCAUAGACAUUUUCAAUAAAGUGUUUAUUAUUUGUAACAUACAAUUUUGUAAAAAUUGUGUUUUAAAAAAAGUUGUAAAAUGUAAAUAUUUAUGUAUAUAGUCAGUUUUAAAUAUGUAUAAUUUAUAUGUUAUCCAUAGGUUUGAAAAAUACAAAAUUUUGAAAUG